UUGCUGCGCACAAUCACGAGACGACUCUGAUGUCCUGAAGGAAAUUCCUCGGCCACAGCAUGAAAAGCCAUCCUAGAAAUCUCUUUGCCCUAAACCGGCCACUGGGAUUUCCCCUGAGCUUCCUUUGCUUCUCUUCACCAGCAAAAAAGAAAUGGAAUGGCAGCACGCCCUUUCUCUGUCAGAAGGUUCCCCGGUGAGGGAUGCUCACUCCCCGCUCGACUCGGCAGCACAGCACCGGCCCCGCACACCGGAGCCCACCCCCGCGGCCAGCGGGGCCCCAGGAGCCGCGGCGGAGGCUCCCAGCGAGGAGGUGGUGGCUCGUCUUCCCCAGGGGCAGGACGGGCUUUUCCAUACAACAGAAAUUUGGCAACACCUCCCGGAGCGGGGCCUCCGCCCGCGGAGCAGAGCGACUGCUCGCUAGUGCCCCCCCUCGCCAUUUAUAGCGGCCGGGAGGAGCGCGGACCCGGCCCAGCUUCCGCCGCCCCGGGGUGGCAGCCCCGGCGGCAGUGAGAGGGAGGCGCUGCGGGCAGAUGCCCCGUGCACAUCCUGGACCUCCCCUCCACCGUGCCUUGCACUGAGCCUGCCCAGCGCGAGGCGCAUGUCCUGACCUUGGGCCCUGGAGAUGGCAGCCAUUGAGAGCUUCAGUGCCACCCACCCUGGUGACCCUGAGCCCGGGGACCUGAUCGAGAUCUUCCGACCAGCUUACCAGCACUGGGCCCUUUACCUGGGGGAUGGGUACGUCAUCAACGUGACGCCUGUAGAUGAAGGGCCCCCAGCCACGUUCUCCAGUGCAAAGUCAGUGUUCAGCAGGAAGGCCCGGGUGAGGAUGCAGCUCCUGAAGGAUGUGGUGGGAAACGAUACCUACCAUAUCAACAACAAGUAUGACGGCACCUACGCUCCCCUCCCAGUGGAGGAGAUCAUUCGGCGCGCUGAGUACCUCAUUGACCAGGAGGUCUCUUACGACCUGCUCAGCAACAACUGUGAACACUUCGUGACGCUGCUCCGCUAUGGCGAGGGUGUCUCUAGUCAGGCCAACAGAGCGAUCAGUGCCAUCGGUUUUGUGACAGCUGCCGCUGGUGCCUUCUCCUUGUUGGGCUUGCUCCGGAGCAGAUCCAGAGAGAGACAGUACUGAUGGGCUGUCAGGAUGAGCUCGGAGCAGGGCAGAGAGGCCCUGGCUGGGAGGUACCUGGGACAGUUUGUGGCCACAGCUGCCACUAAGAUUUACUAACAACUCUGUCACCCUUGCUGAGAGCAGCUAUAGUCUCUUUUCCACAUCAGCUUUUAUUUCAUUGCCUGUGAUGGUUUUUGUAGUAGCCUGGGAGUGUUUGCAAGCAAAUUCUCCAUCCUCACACACCCAGUGCUCUGCUGAGGACUUGUGCAGGCUUUCUACACACAUCCUGGUUUUAUUAGCUACACCCUGCUGGCUUUUUCUGUGAAUAACUUGUUUUAACCUUAACAUUUUUACUUUGGGUUGGUUUGUUUGUUUGUUUUUUUAAUUAAAACUAAUGUAAAAGUAUUGCUGAGGGUUUACUGCAUGUCCUCCAGCUAAGGGCCUGUGCAAGUGGAAAACCCCAGGUUCUCAGGCUUGUGAAAGGGCAGACAAAGCAUGCACUGUGUUUUGGAGCCUGCGUGCAGUGCGUACAUGGAGCUGCUCCUGUGAAGGGUGGGAGGUAGGAAGAAACAGCUGGUCUUACAAGUUAUAUCCUUCAGUGUUUUAAAUGAACGCACUAUUUUUUCCACAAUGGUGUCGUGCUCAGUUUUCUCCUGCCUGGAAACCAUCCCUUUCCCUGGCUCUUGUGACUCCCUUUGGGAGCAGCAGACCACCAGUUUGGUGGGGGGAUGGUGGUGUGGUCUAACAAAAAACCAGGUAGGUUUUCUUCAGGCAGGUGUUUGUUCCAGAUUGGGGCUGCUGUGCCACUGAAAUUCUUCUUCAUCACUGUAAGUGCAGUAAUUGUUUGUGCUGUAUCUUACCAGGCUUACUAGAUGAUCUUAAGGUCCCUUCUAACCCAAACCAUUCUACGAUUUUACUCCUUGGGCUGCCAAAGCACUGAGGUUUAAAGAUCACAAUGGAUCGCAAGGGAGCCUUUGCCCUUCAGUGCUCUGGGUGACAUACCUGGAGAAUGAACUGUGCAGCACCUAUGCCCCAUCUCCACAUGUACAGAGCCCUGCUAUUGUUGCAAAGCUGACAUGUGGCUUGUCUUAGAAAAGUGUGGUUUAUUGCUCUUUACCAGGAGUAUCAGGCUGAUGUGUUUGGAACCAUGUUAUUUGCAGAUGGCAUGUAAGAAAUAAAAUCCUGUGUGGUUUUUGCCACAGGCAACUGCCUGGACUGUAAGAAGAAAUGAGAGCAAAAGAACUGUUUGUAAGAAGCUUGCUGGUUUUGUCUGCUUUUAACAUGUACAUAAAGGGAUCAGAAGAUUUUUUUAAACAUCAGUUGUUUCAGUGUUUGAAAUAACAAAACCAAGAUUUCUGGUCAUAUUUUGUAGUGCCCUCUGUUACUACAUUUAAAUAAAGUUAUUCUUUUUUAAUAUA